UGCGACGGGAUCCCACCACCUUUCUCGAUGCAUUCAAUGCGCCUCGCUAGCAGGCUCCCCUCCGUCUUUACAGCGGCACCACGAGCCACUACCACCGCGCCAUGGAAAACUCUCUCCGCCGGACAUGUCCCAUCGCAGAUUCAUAGCCAGCUCCCCUCGUCAAUCUCGCCGCGCCGUCAAUUCUCCCAGACCAUCCCCAGCUUCUCAUCGCCCUUCCGCCUAUCUUCCAACAAUGGCCCCGCCGAGCACAGCCAAACCUCCGCGCCAUCGCAGCCGGAGUUCGAAAUAAACGACCCCAACGACCCGCUCUCUCACUACGCCCAAUACAAACCGAAGCGCCAAUGGCCACCAGACAUGUCCAAGCUGUCGCCGAAGCACCAGUUCCGGCUCGAGCGCAAGUACCGGCGACGCGCGGCGCUCAAAUUCGCCCGACCGAAGUGGAUGAAGGCGACGAAGUUGGUGCAGUGGGGCGUGAUAGGAUUUGUUUUGAUAUAUGCGAUGCUCUUUAUGGAGUGGGAUGAUAGGGGAAGUCCGUUUGAGGAGUUCCGAAAGACCUUCUUUGCUGGCGUCAAGGGCGCCUUUUCGUCGCCUCCACCUCCAGGACCAGUCCGGAAGUCCGACGACACAACCACCAAGGAGCAGUAGAAUACUAUACUCGCCUACCCAUCCUACCAAAGCAUCCAGAGUCUCUCAGUUUCAUUGCAACCAACGCAUGCUGUACAUUAUACUCAUAUACUAUCUAGACAAAAUGAAACGAAAGCAUGAUC